GCCCACGGUAGAAACUUAAGCCCAAUGAUAUAACCCAAGCAAAACGCAUCUGCCUCUCAAUCUCAACCCCUGCCGAAGCUAGGGUUUUUUCUUUCAAUCAAUUUUUCGCUCCCUCAUCCAUUCAGUAGGUUCUUGUUCUUCGGUGGGCUCUCAGAUACGAGAGAGAGGGAGCUUCCUUUACAUCCUCCUUACACUUGAAAUCCUUCGCCAUGGCUGCCCCUACGCCUAGGUCGUUCCUCCAAGUGGCAGCCACUGAGGAGGUUGCUUCUCCUCUCCUUGUUGUUCAGAUCGAGGGUCUGGCUAUCUUGAAGAUAAUCAAACACUGCAAGGAGUUCUCACCGGCUCUUGUUACGGGCCAACUUCUCGGGCUUGAUGUGGGCACCGUUCUUGAAGUUACCAACUGUUUCCCCUUCCCGAUUAGGGAAGAGGAUGAGGAAAACGAAGCCGAAGGUGCCAAUUACCAGCUCGAAAUGAUGAAAUGCUUGAGGGAGGUUAAUGUUGACAACAACACCGUUGGAUGGUACCAAUCAACCUUAUUAGGUUCUUUUCAGACAGUCGAAUUGAUUGAAACCUUCAUGAAUUAUCAGGAGAAUAUUAGACGCUGUGUCUGUAUUAUCUAUGAUCCGUCAAGGUCCAGUCAAGGCGUCUUAGCUCUCAAGGCUUUGAAGCUUUCUGAUUCAUUCAUGGAUCUUUACCGCAAUCACAAUUUUACUGGAGAGAAGUUGAGAGAGAAAAACUUAUCAUGGGUGGAUAUAUUUGAAGAAAUACCUAUCAAAGUUUCAAAUUCUGCCCUUGUCAGUGCCUUUAUGACAGAGCUAGAAGCAGAUACACCAGUUACCCAGUGUGAUUAUGAUCGGCUACAAUUAUCAACAAACCCAUUUAUGGAGAGGAAUAUGGAAUUUCUGAUUGAAUGCAUGGAUGAUUUGUCAAUGGAACAGCAAAAGUUCCAAUUCUACUACCGGAGCUUGUCUCGUCAGCAAGCCCAGCAGCAAGCAUGGCUUCAGAAGAGAAGGGCAGAGAAUGCGGCACGCAAAGCUGCUGGAGAAGAGCCAUUACCAGAGGAGGAUCCUUCAAAUCCCAUCUUUAAGCCAGUCCCUGAGCCUUCACGGUUGGAUAGCUUUCUUAUAACGAAUCAAGUCUCGAACUACUGCAACCAGAUUAAUGGGGUUGCGGGGCAGAACUUCAGUAGAUUGUAUAUGAUGAAGGCUUUGCAUGAGAAUUAAGGCAUCAUAGCUGGUGAAUUGUCCACUCGCAGUGCAUCGUGCACUUUUUUGGAAUUUAUCAUCGAAAGUUGCAUCAUAUUUGUUAUUUCUGAAUAGCAAUAUUAUGAAAUAGAGAAUUUCAAGAAGUUGAACCGCAGUCGGUUCCAAGACCUUGCUAAUAUAACAGUUCUAGCAGACACAUGUAUUUCUUUUCAUUUAUUUUUCCUUGUUCUUUAAUUUGUAGUCACUUCGUUGUAUUUCUAUGUGAGGAUUUUUUGAA